CAAUUGUUAGUUUUUAAGAAAAUAAAUACACAAAGGAUUAUUAAUUAUUCUCAUACAAUGUUUUGAUGAGCAUCAUUGCCUUGAAGAUUAUUACGUUUGAAUCUGAGCAAAAAUGGAGAUUCUAAUGUCAAACUGGUCGGAUGAUGUUCAAAAUAUGCCCGAAAAUUACAUAUUCCCACUCGAUAAACGGCCCGGAGAACAUGUUUUUCCAAUUCUGAACGACAUACCUGUAAUCGAUCUUGCUAUGGCGGACGGAAACAACAGAGGAGAUAUAAUUUGGCAUAUUUUUAGCGCAAUCCAAGAAUUCGGGUUCUUUCAGGUGAUCAACCAUCAAAUUCCUUUAAGCCUAAUGGCUGACACUAUGAAUGUUUUCAAGGAGCUAUUUGAGAUGCCAGCUGAAUACAAGACAAAGUUUUACUCUGUGGAUAUUAGUAAAAAAUGCAGAAUUUACUCGAGCACAAUGAACUAUGACAACGAAGAAAUUCACUACUGGAGGGAUAAUUUUACCCAUCAUUGUUAUCCGCUCGAAGAACAAAUUCAGCUCUGGCCUGAAAAACCAACCAGAUAUAGAGAAGUAGUUGGUGCAUAUUCAACUGAAGUCAGGAAGUUUCUAUUAAAGAUUUUGGAUUUUAUUUCCGAAGGAUUGGGGCUAAAUUCGGGAUAUUUCGACGGCGAACUUAGCGAAAUCCAACUAUUGUCCGUUAAUCAUCAUAUUCCGUGCCCCAAUCCGAGUUUGACACUUGGCAUGCCCGAGCACACGGACCCGAACCUCAUAACAAUUCUCCAUCAAUGUCAUGUUCCGGGCCUACAAGUUUUUCACAACGGUCAAUGGAUGAAUAUUGAGCCAACAAUUAAUGGCUUAAUCGUCAUUCCAGGACUCCAACUUAAGGUGAUUAGUAACGGGAGAUUUUCUAGCCCAAUCCACCGCGUGAUAACGCAUCAAAAAGAGUCUCGCACGACGAUAGGGACAUUCCUAAUCCCAUCAAACGAUGUCCUUAUCCAGCCUGCCAAACAGAACCCUGCAGGGGACAACAAUGACCCUGUCUACACAAGCUUUACCUACAAAGAAUUUUUCAACAAAUUUACUGGGAGUAAAUGUGAUGCUGAGUCCACACUGGAAUUUUUCAAGAAGAAGACUUGAAAUCUGUAGCUAAGUCAAAAUGUACGUAAAAUAAUAAUUGGAGAUGGGCCCCACUGAUCCCUCUUCCCCUGCUUUUGUAUAUCUUGGUGUGUAAUAAUAUUAUCAUGCAUGUGUGGAGAUUGAAAGUAGUUUGUGUAUUUGUGGCUUGAAGUGUACAAAUUAUUUGAUGGCAUGAGUGUUUUAGUUUUCAUAAUUUAUAUAUAGAUCUAAUGUAAAUGUUCUUG